AUGUUCGCCAUCUGCCACCAGCCCUGGGAUGCUAGGCUGGCCUACCUUCAAGGGUGCAAUACCCAGGAUUACAUCUGGCACAAAGGGAUCCGCUGCGAAUCGAUCAUCACCGACUUCCAGGUCAUGUGUGUGGCCGUGGGCUCGGCGGCCCUCGUGGUCUUGCUGCUGUUCAUGAUGACCGUGUUCUUUGCCAAGAAGCUUUACUUGCUCAAGACGGAAAACAUCAAGCUACGCAAGAGCAAAUACCGAACACCUUCGGAGCUCCACAACGACAACUUCUCCCUCUCCACCAUUGCCGAGGGAUCCCACCCAAAUGAUGAUCCCAGUGCCCCCCACAAGCUCCAGGACCCCUUGAAAUCCUGCCUCAAGGACGAGGAAUCCUUUAACAUUCAGAACUCCGUGUCGCCCAAGCUUGACAGCGGGAAAGGCACGCCAGACGACCCCGAAGUGAACUGUUUGCAGAACAACCUGACCUGA